GCCCAACCGUUGCCGUGAUGUGGACUUCCAGAUUUGGGAUAUCCAGGUGGACAUGCAAUCUCCCAAGCGCGACGUGAUCCUCAAAAGCACCUCCCAGCCCGCCUUGAGGACGCAUACCAGAAGAGAUGACAUCCGCAUGUUGGAUGUCCAUCUUCGAGAGGUCCAGCUGGUGCUCGGGCAUUUGGAAGUCUCAGUGACUGGUGCCCUGAUGGACCAAGCGAGGCUACUGAGGAGGAAUUUGACACUUGGCAUGGGUGGUCUGACCUUUGAGCAGGUGCUGUCAAGAGCAAAGGGUGGCAUCCACUUAAGCAACCCACAACCGCCAGCUGCAUCAUCCAAGUUGGUGGUCAGCAACCUCGUGGCGCGCGAAGCCAAAGUGGAUGUUUGGUGCCAGCUGCACCUUCCUGAUGCUUACUAUUUGCCGAAGUCUUUGAGGGACACCAUUCAGGUAGUCAGCCUUGGAGCGACAAGACUGGAUGUCAAGGGAGCCCACGUGAAGUUACCUUCCCAGGCCCUGUUUACCAACCAACCCGCGGAGGGCAAUGUGAGCAUUGUGAUGUCAAAGGUUUGGCUGAACUACCUGCCUUUGGUGAAGGCUUGCUGGCGCUCCCUGCUGCAACAUUCCAACAUCUUCCUGGGUGGCCUUCUGAGCCGGCACACUUGGAAUCCCCGGCAACGGAAGGAUUGGCCCAAUGCUAGCCCACUCUGCCGGAUAGGCAACUUGGGGGAGCUACACCUGCGUUCGGCAGAUUGACACAGAAGGU